CUCGAGGGUAGUUUCAUACAUUUCCAAGCUCUAUGGAGCGGACAAUUCCGUCAGUCGGGCGGUCAUUUGUUCUGUCCAUUUUGGCCAUCACGCUGAUAACCUACGUCGACAGUUUGCCUUCUGACCCAAACGAUACCUUACGCUGUGCACUGCUUGAAGCCGGCUACUCGAACUGGUCUCAAGCGGAGCGCGUAGUAGCAACUCAGGUGCCCUCCUACUCCCAGUUCCUCCGGCAAACUUGGGUCGCCACGAAGCAGUUCGGUGGUCAGUGGAACUGUUCUAGCAACGUGUCGGUUCUGGCCCCUUUUGAAAAUCCCUUCAGCCGAAAUAAUUGCUACUUCUUUAUUGUCGCAAUUCUCGGCGCGUGUCUACUCACACGCCUCAGAUGUGGAAUCAGUCCGAUCAUACUGAACUGGGCUCGCGAAUGCGGCGUUCAAGAACAAGAUGCCAUUAAAGUGCCCGAAUCACUGUGGAAAGGAUCCUUACACUGUAUAAUGUGGAGUCUUUCCUGUUACGUGGUCGUUCUGAGUGGACGAUACCUCUUUUUCCAUCAGCCUUGCACUGUCUGGGACGAUGUUGUUUACAACGAUAACCUCUACAUAGAUCCACCACCGUUCGAUUUACAGUUCAUCUACUGCGUUCAAAUGACGCACUACCUGCAUUCCGCCUACGCAACACUCUAUCUGGAUCCGUGGCGUUCCGACUCGCCGGCUAUGUUGCUUCACCACGUGGUCACUCUCAGCUUAAUUUCACUCUCAUUCGUACGCAGAUUUCUUCGAAUGGGCUCGCUCGUCUUGUUUAUCCACGAUACCUCCGAUGUGCUGCUUGAAUUCACCAAGCUCAACGUCUAUUUCAAGACGCGUCAUGGCAAGCGAUAUCCGAUCAACUGUUAUCUGGGCGAUGCAGGGUUCGUCGCAUUUGCCUUUUCAUGUUGUAUCAUUAUAUUAUUGAACUACGUACUAAAAAAUCGUUUGGCUGUAACACCCUUUCUGUGCCUAGCUGCCGUGCCACACAAAGGGAGCACGAGGGCUAGAAUACUGUCAGGUUGUCCAAACCCAGGCAGAGGGAAUCGAGAAAUAGAGGUCGGGUUCGAACCGGGGACAUUCCGUACUGAGCUAUCUCGCUCCNAUCAUUUGGCUGUAACACCCUUUCUGUGCCUAGCUGCCGUGCCACACAAAGGGAGCACGAGGGCUAGAAUACUGUCAGGUUGUCCAAACCCAGGCAGAGGGAAUCGAGAAAUAGAGGUCGGGUUCGAACCGGGGACAUUCCUGUUCCUCUUCCGUUUGUUACUGGUACCACUGAAAGUGCUUCAUUCCAGCAACUGGUGUGUGUUCAUCUACCUUGGCUGCACCGACAAAAAUCUGUUUGUUCCUUUCAAUGGCCUGCUGUGGAUCUUGCAAAUAUUGCACAUCUACUGGUUUGGUUUAAUUCUGCUUCUCCUAUUCAAAAUUCUCACUGGUCAACUGCAAGAAAUUGAGGAUAUUCGAGAGAAUCCGGACGGUCAGUUGGAAGGAACACGCGAUAAUCACUUUGAGGAUACCAACAGGGUGAAAAAUGGCAGUUCCACACCGUCGCAAAAUCGUUCACAUCUUUCCAACGGUAUAGCCAACGGGAAUGCGCAUACCAUCCUUUGUAAACAAGCCGUGAGACAACGUUCGACGGAUCUUUAAACUUCCAACUGUGAUGCAGGUCUUUUCAGCGAACGAAAAAGACAAUUUCUCACACAACACGUCAUUUGGAUCUCGUUUUAGCUACCAACAAGCUUCAGUAAAUCUUACCAGUUUAUGCCACUCCGCAAACUUGUGCGUAGAAAAGCAACAUUUUUUCCGGGGCUGCGUGAUGUUUAUCACAGAUUUUAUUUUAUUGUUACUUAAAAACGGAACGUCCGCUUGUGUGCUUUUUUUUAUAAACAUGCCUUUUACACUCAUUCGGACAACAUGACCUCUA